UCCCGCCCGCCCCCUGCGCCGCCCCCUCGGGAGCUGAGCCGGCUGUGUUCCUCCUGGAACGCGCCGCAGAACCAGAGUGCUGGUGACGACGGUCGCGUUCCCUUCGUUAGUCUGCUCGCCCGCGCGCCGCCCUCCACCGCCGCACCCCGCAGAUCCGCCCCCUCCCGUGCCAGGAACCGACCGGCACCAUGCCUUACCAAUACCCAGCACUGACCCCGGAGCAGAAGAAGGAGCUUUCUGACAUCGCUCACCGCAUCGUGGCUCCGGGCAAGGGCAUCCUGGCUGCAGAUGAGUCCACUGGGAGCAUCGCCAAGCGGCUGCAGUCCAUCGGCACUGAGAACACAGAGGAGAACCGCCGCUUCUACCGCCAGUUGCUGCUGACCGCUGAUGACCGCGUGAACCCCUGCAUCGGGGGCGUCAUCCUCUUCCACGAGACCCUGUACCAGAAGACAGAUGAUGGGCGUCCCUUCCCCCAAGUUAUCAAAUCCAAGGGCGGUGUUGUGGGCAUCAAGGUGGACAAGGGCGUGGUACCCCUGGCAGGAACAAACGGCGAGACCACCACCCAGGGGCUGGAUGGGCUGUCCGAGCGCUGUGCCCAGUACAAGAAGGACGGAGCUGACUUUGCCAAGUGGCGCUGUGUGCUGAAGAUUGGGGAACACACCCCCUCAGCCCUUGCCAUCAUGGAAAAUGCCAAUGUUCUGGCCCGUUAUGCCAGCAUCUGCCAGCAGAAUGGCAUCGUGCCCAUCGUGGAGCCUGAGAUCCUCCCGGAUGGGGACCACGACUUGAAACGCUGUCAGUAUGUAACCGAGAAGGUGCUGGCUGCCGUGUACAAGGCUCUGAGUGACCACCACAUCUACCUGGAAGGCACUCUGCUGAAGCCCAACAUGGUAACCCCAGGCCAUGCCUGCACCCAGAAAUAUUCUCAUGAGGAGAUUGCCAUGGCAACUGUCACAGCACUGCGCCGCACAGUGCCCCCUGCUGUCACUGGGAUCACCUUCCUUUCUGGAGGCCAGAGUGAGGAGGAGGCAUCCAUCAACCUCAACGCCAUCAACAAGUGCCCCCUGCUGAAGCCAUGGGCCCUGACCUUCUCCUAUGGCCGAGCGCUCCAGGCUUCUGCCCUGAAGGCCUGGGGUGGGAAGAAGGAGAACCUGAAGGCUGCCCAGGAGGAGUACAUCAAGCGAGCCCUGGCCAACAGCCUUGCCUGCCAAGGAAAGUAUACCCCGAGUGGUCAGGCCGGGGCUGCAGCCAGCGAGUCCCUCUUCAUCUCCAACCAUGCCUACUAAGUGGAGGUGUCCGCUACCCCCUCAACACUCCAGCCCCUGCCCCCUCCACACUCACUCUCGAAGAGGGGGGCCUCAGCAGGGCUCCAGGCUGCUCUUUGCCAUCACUUUGCCUCCCACGUGACAUUGGUGUGUGGUGUUGUCUGUAUAUGCUAACUCCAUUGCUCUUUCCAGCCCACUGCCAAUAAACAACUAUUUAAGGGGGA